GAGUCCUGCUAACACUGCUGUGAAGACUGGGAAAGUAGAGAAAUUUGUUCCACAUUUUAAGAAGUCUACAUCAAAUCAGUCAUGUUGAAGAACAUUUUGCUCUGUUCUCUUCAGAUAAGCUUUCUAGGAAUGAGUCUUGGUGGGAACAUUCUCAUCUGGCCCAUGGAAGGCAGUCACUGGCUAAAUGUUAAGAUCAUAAUAGAUGAACUCCUAAGAAAAGAGCAUAAUGUGACUGUCCUUGUGGCCUCCGGGGCCCUUUUCAUCACACCAUCAUCCAUCAGCCCAUCUCUGACAUUCGAAAUAUAUCCAGUGCCCUUUGGCAAGGAAAAAAUUGAAAGUGUGAUCAAGGACUUUGUUUUGACAUGGCUGGAAAACAGGCCAUCUCCUUCAACUAUAUGGACUUUCUAUAAGGAAAUGGCCAAAGUCAUUGAGGAGUUCCACUUGGUGUCCAGAGCUAUCUGUGAUGGCGUUCUUAAGAAUGAAAAGCUGAUGGCCAAGCUGCAGAAAGAAAAGUUCGAAGUACUAUUAUCAGACCCAGUAUUUCCUUGUGGUGACAUCGUGGCUUUAAAACUGGGAAUUCCAUUUAUCUAUUCCUUGCGGUUUUCCCCUGCCUCCACAGUGGAAAAGCAUUGUGGAAAGGUCCCAUUCCCUCCUUCCUAUGUACCUGCAAUUCUGUCAGAACUCACAGACCAGAUGUCCUUCACUGACCGAGUAAGAAACUUCAUUUCGUACCGAAUGCAGGACUACAUGUUUGAAACUCUUUGGAAGCAGUGGGAUUCCUAUUAUACUAAAGCUUUAGGAAGACCCACCACACUGUGUGAGACUAUGGGGAAAGCUGAGAUUUGGCUAAUGCGAACAUAUUGGGAUUUUGAAUUUCCUCGUCCAUAUUUACCAAAUUUUGAGUUUGUGGGAGGACUGCAUUGCAAACCUGCCAAGCCUUUACCUAAGGAAAUGGAAGAGUUUGUUCAGACCUCAGGGGAACAUGGUAUUGUGGUGUUUUCUCUGGGGUCAAUGGUCAAAAACCUGACAGAUGAAAAGGCCAAUCUCAUUGCCUCAGCGCUUGCCCAGAUUCCUCAGAAGGUUUUGUGGCGAUACAAAGGAAAGAUACCAGACACAUUAGGAACCAAUACAAGACUGUUUGAUUGGAUUCCUCAGAAUGAUCUUCUUGGACAUCCCAAAACCAGAGCUUUUAUCACCCAUGGUGGAACAAAUGGAAUCUAUGAGGCCAUUUACCAUGGGAUCCCUAUGGUGGGAGUCCCCAUGUUCGCUGAUCAGCCUGACAACAUUGCUCACAUGAAGGCCAAAGGAGCAGCAGUGGAGGUGAACAUGAACACGAUGACAAGCUCAGAUCUGCUCAAUGCUCUGAGAACAGUCAUCAAUGAGCCAUCUUAUAAAGAGAAUGCCAUGAGACUAUCAAGAAUCCACCAUGACCAGCCAGUGAAGCCUCUGGACCGAGCAGUCUUCUGGAUUGAGUUUGUCAUGCGUCACAAAGGAGCCAAGCACCUUCGUGUGGCAGCCCAUGACCUCAGCUGGUUUCAGUACCACUCUCUGGAUGUGAUUGGGUUCCUGCUGGCCUGUGUGGCAUCUGCUAUAUUAUUGGUUGCAAAAUGUUGUUUGUUUAUAUUUCAAAAAGUUGGUAAGACAGGAAAGAAGAAAAAACGUGACUAGAUGAAGAAAAAGACACCCCAGGCCUCUGGGUUUGGUGAAGUACUGAAGGGAGUAGUAAUAGUACUUAGAAGCCCAGGGAUCUGCCUGUCACCUAUCCUCAUCCCAUUUUCAAACAACCCACUCCUGUCUUAUUCUACAGGUAAAUUGUAGAACGCAACACAAAAAUCACACUUUCCUGAAGAUAUCUCAUCUUUCUUUUGCUAUUUCAAUGACACUUCGAUGACGCCCUGGAAUUUCUUAUUUUCCUGGCACAGGGGUACUAUUAAUUUAAAUAUGCUAUUUCCAGAAUAUCAUUUAAAACAUAAACAAGAUAAUAACUGAUAGCAUUCUGAAUCUUUGAGAAGGCACACAGCGUAUACUGAGUUUUAUUUAAGGAUAACACAAGGGCUCACGGAGCACACAAAUGCAGCUCUGACCAUAGGGAUUAGUAUAGCAUGAGAAGACUCUUUAUUUUCUUAUAAAAUAAAGGACAGCUACUGUGUUUAUCUGAUGUCACAGACAUUAGAGGGUCAGUUCCGAACUAUGAAUCAAUAUUAUAAUAGGAAAAAUACAUAAAAAUUGUUAGUACAUUUAAAUUAUUAUGGUCUAUUUUCCUGCUUUUCCCUAAAAUAUAUAUCUGUAUUCUUGCUCUCCAGUCAAAGAUUUUUAGAUACUUUUUCUAAAAAAUGAAGGCAAUGAACUGAGUUGCCAUUUUUUCUCAGAAAACCAUUUCUAACAAUAUUUGAAAGUUAUGUCUAGAAAAAGCAAAUAUUGAAUUAUUGUAGUAAUUUCUUAAAUUUUAAUGGACUGUUCAUUGGCUCUGUGUUCAUCCAUUAUACUUAAAAUAUUUGUCAUUCUUAAUGCAUAAUCACGUUUAUAAUGAAAAUUUUAAAUUUCUCCUAGAAUAAAUACGUAUAUUGGGAUCACUGU